GGGCGGCCAUCUUUAAGCCAGGAGGCUCAUGAAUCUGGAGCAGACACCGACGACAGUGAGGCCCCAGACAAAGAAACAACCAACUACCCAAAAAAACAAGAACCACUUACUAAAACUGACCUCCACCAGAUGCUACUGGCUGCUUCGGCAGACAUAAAGGCGCACACGGCCACAGAAUUGGAGCCGCACAUAUCAGGCCUUAAAGGCGACCCUGAGACCCUGAACAACCGCACCACCCAGGCGGAAGCCAACAUAACACUUAUUAAAGCGAAUACUACCCAGCGCAGCCAAGACAUUUACUACCUCA